UCUCUCUCAUCUCCUCCACUUUUUGUUUAUGCAAAAAAAAAACCCUUCUUUUUUAGCAUUUCCAACUUGAAAUCUUCAGGUCUUGGCAAACAGAAGAGUGUUUAAAGGCGGAGCCUUUAUGCUUGCGGUGUGUACUCUGUGUGUGAUUUGCUGUUGUACCCUGAUAUUGAAGGUUUAGUAACUGCACUAUAUAGCUAGAUUCGACUCUGCCCAUCGAGCCAUCGAGGCACUUGACUGCCUCGGCAGAUUCCGAGAUGGCUGGAGGACCAACUCAAUCUUCCUCGAGCUCGGGAAUUUUCUUCCAGGGAGAUGGGGAAUCCCAAGGAUUCAUGAACUGUUCUCUCUUGAACUCCUCCUAUGGGAAUUCGGCUAAUUCUGGUCCCGGAUCUGGACAAGGGUACCACAAUCUAAGUAUGGUUUCUACUGGGGACGUGAACAAUCCGAUGAUGAAUAGCGUCUCGACCUCGGGUCCGAGUGUCGGAGCGAGUUCAUUGGUGACAGAUGCAAAUUCGGGCCUUUCUGGUGGUGGUCCUCAUUUGCAGAGGAGUACUAGCAUCAAUAAUGAGUCAUACAUGCGAUUACCGGCCUCACCUAUGUCCUUCUCCUCUAACAAUAUCAGCAUUUCUGGGUCGUCAAUUGUUGAUGGGUCUACGGUAGUGCAACAGAGCUCCCAUCAAAACCCGAGUGUUCAACAAGGAGGUUCCAGUGCUACAUCACAAAAUGGUAGAAGCCCGCUUUCAGUGGUGCCCCGAGCCCCUGAAACUUUCUUUCAGGACCCCAACAAUUUAACCCGGGUGCAGAAAAAACCUCGGCUUGAUAUGAAACAGGAUGAUUUUCUGCAGCAGCAGGUUUUAAGACAAUGGCUUCAGAGACAGGAUAUGUUACAGCAACAACAUGGCCAUAACCCACAGUUCCAACUUUUGCUUCAGCAACAGAGGCUGAGGCAACAACAGCAACAACAACAACAACUACUUCUUCAGUCCUUGUCACCAUUGCAGCGAGUUCAGUUGCAGCAGCAGCAAUUGCACCAACAAGGAAUGCAGCAGCAGCAGCUACCUGUUGCAGCACGGUCAUAUGAAAAUAGUGUAUGUGCCCGAAGGUUGAUGCAAUACCUCUAUCAUCAGCGACAGAGGCCUUCUGAUAACAGUAUCGUUUAUUGGAAGAAAUUUGUGGCCGAAUAUUAUUCUCCCCGUGCGAAGAAAAGAUGGUGUCUCUCUCUAUACGAUAAUGUGGGGCACCAAACACUUGGUGUUUUUCCUCAGGCAGCCAUGGAUGCAUGGCAAUGUGAUAUUUGUGGUUCCAAAUCGGGAAGAGGAUUUGAAGCAACUUUUGAAGUCUUACCAAGGCUCAGCGAAAUCAAAUUUGCAAGUGGUGUCAUUGACGAGCUUCUUUAUUUGGGCGUGCCAUUUGAGCGUAGAACUCCUUCGGGAAUUAUGAUCUUAGAAUAUGAGAAAGCGGUCCAGGAAAGUGUGUAUGAGCAUUUCCGUGUAGUACGUGAAGGCCAUCUCCGGAUAAUAUUCUCUCAAGAACUGAAGAUUCUUUCAUGGGAAUUCUGUGCUCGUCGCCAUGAAGAACUUCUUCCCCGUCGUUUUGUUGGACCACAGGUGAACCAGUUACUUCAGGUUGCACAGAAAUGUCAGAGUUCAUUAUCUGAAUGUGGAUCGAAUGGAGUUCUUCAACAAGAAGACUUGCAAGCAAAUGGCAACAUGGUCGUGGCUGCUGGAUGUCACUUAAAGAGAAGCUUGGAGUUGCAUUCACUCAAUGACUUGGGCUUCUCCAAGAGAUACGUCCGGUGUUUGCAGAUUUCUGAGGUUGUUAACAGCAUGAAAGAUUUGAUCGACUUCUGCCGCGACCAAAGAGUUGGUCCGAUCGAGGCUUUGAACAACUAUCCCCGACAUACGGAUAAACUCCAGAUGCAGAAAAUCCCGGAGAUGGAGCAACCGACAAAUUCUCGAGGAUUUCCAGUAGAUAGGAGGAACAACAGCCUCAACCAGGCGAUGGCCUUGCAGAAGAAGAAUCCCGGGAUCAACAUCCCGAUGAGCGACCCUGCACAAGCUGCCUUUCCGUUCACCAACUACCAGGCCAUGUUUACGAGGCAGAACACAAUGAACUCAAAUCCUAACCCAAGCCCAUCUUCUUCGAGCUUUCAAGGACAUAGUGGUCUGUUGCCUACUUCUCUGCAGAACCCAUCAACCACCGGCCAGGAAUCUUCCAUUAACAGCCUCUCACUUCAAGCAAACCACCAACAACCUUCCAUUAAUGGUAACCAAGCUCUGGAACAGCAGAUGAUCCAUCAGUUACUACAGCAGAUAUCAAACAGAAGAAGCAGCAACACCGGAACUGGUCAGAGCAUCAUGGGCAUAGGGCAACACCCUUCAUCGGGAGGGCAGAUCCCGAGCAGUUCCAACAGUUUCGGAGCCACUUCGAACAACGGGUCUUCGUCAGUAGCAGGGAGCAACAAAGGGCUCAGCCAUCAGAACCAGAACCUUGCUAGUUCUGAGGAAGGUAUGGUUCCAAACAUGUCCCAAGAAUUCCCAGACAAUGGGUUCUUUAACAGUGAUCUUGAUGAUGACCACAACAACAACAACACCAUGAGCUAUGCUUGGAAGUACUGACUAACAACUUAUAGUAAUAAAAAAUAAAUAAAAAUUUGGUCGUAUUUAUCAGCUCGUUUUUUUUAUUGGCAUUAAUUAUGCAUUUAGGACCAGUUUAUCUGUGUACAGAGUACACCCGAACAUGUGUACUGCUAUUGUGUUGUUCUUCGGUCGGUAUCUAGGAUCUUUUUUUAAUUAUUUUUUUACUUUUUUUUUUUCUAUCUCUGACUGCUUUGUCCUUCCUUGGUGUCUCUUGCAAGUGUUAAUCUGUUACCUGAAAAAUGUUUUGAGGAACAUCUUGUUCUUUUAAGAAAGUUCGGUUUUUGUCCU